UAAAAAACAUGUUCGGACUUGGGAUGAGUGAAAUUGCUCAUGGAAAAAAUCAUAGCCACUCACAGUCACAAUGUGCAGGAAAAAUGGUUAGGAGGAAGCAUCUGCGGUCUCCCUAAGCAAAGACCCAUAUCUGCACGGAGGAAGCGUCUGGUUCGGGAAUGGCAGCUCCUUAGAUCUACGAUUUUGGAUAUCUACAGUUCUUCCAGAUAUUGGCCAGAUUUUGAAUCGUUGCUGUUUCUCAAUUUGGUCAAAGAAAGGAGCAGUUUUCCACUUUUAGUUCUCAUAGUAUUGUGGCAGUGACACUUUCAAAAUCUGUAUUUGCAUUUGUCCACUCUUAGGCUCUUAGCCAUCUUACAAUUGUGAAAUAGACAUAUUGUGAGAAAAACAAUUUUGGCCUUUCAAUUACCUAUGUUAACAUAUUUCCAUUAUUUUUCAAUGGAGCCAAAGACUCACUAUUUUUUGGCUUGGCAAUAUGAUGAAAUAAAGAAAAAUGGGUCAUCCGGAAACAGUCUCUCCCUGCCGUACAGGGAUAAGGCUGCAUACAUCCGACCCUCCCCCCACCGUACUGUAGGUGAGAGUCUUUGUGGCACUGCGGUAAUGUUGUUGUCAUUGUUGUUGUGGUGGUUAUCUAUUUAACAUGACACUGUUGACCCUCCAACUAAGUUCAAAUACAAGUGCCAAAAAUGUUAGUGUCAUGACAAGGAGAAGACUAAAUGUGGUAAAAUUCAAUAGCGCCGCUGGUCAGAGGACCAAAAGUGUAAAACUUCAAAAGAAGGGUGCCAAAAGUUGUCAUUGCCACAAUAGUUAAAGGACUAGAAAUGUAAAGUAAUGAAGAAAGCAAUGACUGGUGCAUUUUACAGCAUUGUGUUAGAAUAUUAUUUAUCUACUUUUUCAACCUGUAACUUUCAUUGUAUUGAAAGAUGGUGUGGUUAUUUGGUGAAGAUGUAUAGUAUAUUUGUGUUUCUUCUGGGCAUAGUUGAUCAGACAUUCAGACAGUAUGAAUUAAAAUAAGUUUAAUAAGACAUGGAUUCAUCCUUCUGUAUUUACUUUAUAUUCUAUGUGAAAAUUUUAUUAUCAAUACCAUAUUGGCAUAUUUGAUACUCAAUGGAUAUUCCUAUGAACUUGCGAUAUGGCUACACAAAACAAAGAAACCAUAUAUGAAGCUUCUUGUGAUGGAACUCAAGGAAGACAGUGAUAAAACUUUAGACAUUGAUACACAUGCAAAAUUGCCAGAAAGCUAUUCUUUUGGCCAUUUAAAUUUAAGGUGUCUUGAGGAGCUCAGGUGCUUCAUUUAUAUGGUGCUGCAGCUCAAAUGCUCAAUGGGAGUCAAGAGUCGGGGAAAUCAUAUUUGAGAGUUGUUAUGAUAUAAAAUACGUACCUAUAAAGAAUGCUCACAGUUAAUAGUGAACUUGGUGAAAGUUAGACAUCUCUUAAUGUUUAACGCUACUAGUGAACAUUUUUAUGGAAUAUGAUACCUAUUAUGUAAUUGAUGUCUUUUUCAUAUUUUUUAUCCUUUUAUUUGUUUAAUCUCACUUGUAUCCCUUUUUAUCUUAUCAUUUUUAUCUUUAUCUUAUCAUUAUCAUAUCUUUUUUUAUCUUUUCUAUCUUUUUUUUUAUAUUUUUUUAUCUUUCUUAUAUCUUUAGCUCCGAUUUCGAGCCCUUUUGGUAGCAUGAAAAUCGGCUGAUUUGGCUGAUUCUACUGAAAUUUAUGAAGUUCUGGCUGAAGUGGCAGCAUUGGCUGAUUCUGCUGAUUUAAGAAAAAAAAUUAUUAACAAAAUAAAGAAAAAAUUAUAUGUAAAAAUAGCUAAAAUGGUCAUCUAUAAUAACUUCAGUCAAUACAGUCAGAAAAGUAACUCCAACCUUGCUUUUUCUGCUUAUUACAGAAUUCGGCGCGCGAAAGCAAAAUAGUUGGCUGAUAAGCCUGUUAAGCCGAAAAACGGUGUUGCCAAACGGCCUCUUCAUGUGUCGAUUCAUGUUAGCCGACUCCAAACUCUUUUGCGACUAAGGCUUGAAUGUUGUUGUUUUUGUUAUAUACCUAUUAUCUAGGAUUUAUAUUGUUAUAGAAGUAUAUAACAACUUGCUGGUAGGUUGGGCAGGUAUGAUGCAUAUUCGUAGAUGUCCACCCAUUCUUUACAACUUGGCCAAAUGCAAUGUCUUGAUGACACUUUAACAACAAAGACAUUGAUUUUUCAAUUUUUUUUGUAAUGGUCACUGAUUUUUUUAAACCGGAUCCUUAUCGGAAGCAGAUAAUGAUAAUAACAUGACAAAGAAUAUUGCCUUCCCAUUUUCCACACGUGAGAAAAUUAUUAAUGCUAUGAUUUUAAAAAUUAAAAAAGUUAUAUCUAUCACUAAUCCCUGAGCACUUGAUUAUUAUAAUUAUGGGGUGAAGUAGGGUGCGAAAAAGGAACAGACAUCUCCAUUGACACUUGUUUGGUUAUGAUACUAGGAACCCAAGAAUAGUGGCUGGUUAGUGCACAAAUAGUUGCUCCAUAUAUGGAAUUACUAUUACUAAUUUACUAUGUUUCCUACAUACCCCCAGGCUAAUAGGAUAGGCAUGAUAUUGAUAUGUUGUUCUGUGUUCUUAUAUCCUCCCAGGAAGAUGCUUUUACUAUUUAGUUCUUAUGUAGCAUUAGAUGCUAAACAGUUUUUUAGCCAAAAUAAUACUAAAAUGAAUCAUGUGUAAGAUGCUGUGCAUGCAUUGGAAAUUAGAGUAAGUGCAGUUGCCUGUUGUGUUUUGUCCCCCACCCAGAAGAUGCCAUUAAGACCAUAAUAAUUAAAUCUUUAAAAUGAUUGGCAUGUUGAAGUAAUUGACUCACAUGUUAAAUGGUCUGCAAUAAGCUAAUCUUCUACAGCCAAUAAGGAUAGAACACAUUCCAGGACCGCAGUUCAAGGGUCAAUACCAGACUGACACCAAUCCUUAAAAUAUCCUUUUUCACAUAAAAGGGUGAGAAUGGCAUUUCCCAGCACAAAAGAACUGCAGAAGCCUGAGAGGCUGAGACUAUGCUUUUAGACUGAUGUCAAAAGGUUAGUUUUAAAACAUUGAUGUGAUUGGAAGAAUUAAUUGCCACGUCAGUCAAAUAUAGUCACAGUGCUCGUCACUUAUAUCCCAAGACAAGAAGCAGAAGUUUAUAUAGAGGUUCCAAAGCCCUGACUUGGCCUCAUUAUUUAUUGAAGGAAGACAGUAAGUUCUAUUAAACAAAGGCAAAUAGAUGGGGAGUUGUGUGGCUUGGUACCCUUUUAUGCUAAUGCUAGCAAUUACUGUUGCCUUUGCCAUUACUAAUGUACUUCUCAAGAAACUUAUCAUUGAUGGGUUGAACCAUUUAGUUUUCAUCACUUAUCGGCAGUCAAUUUCAACCAUAUUUUUAGCCCCCAUUGCCUUAUUUGUAGAAAGGAAUACCAGACCAAAACUUACCCCACGCAUUCUGUGUCACCUUUUUGUUAGUGCAAUUGUUGGGGCAUCCGUGACUCAAUACUUGUUCCUUGUUGGCGUAGAAUACACGUCUGCAGCUUUCGCUUGUGCUUUUCUGAACAUGGUUCCUGUUGUCACAUUUUUAAUGGCAUUGCCUUUCGGGUUGGAGACAAUAAACAUCAGAAGUAACAGUGGGAUAGCAAAGGUGAUUGGUAUAGUCAUAUGUCUAGGAGGUGCUCUUUUACUGACUUUUUACAAAGGAAUCCCUUUAAUUAAACUUCCACCACCCUCUGAAGUCGCGGCAAGUCCUUCUGCUCAAGAAACCACUAGGCCCCGUGGAGAAAGAUGGAUAUUGGGUUCAGCGGCAAUGUUUGCUGGGACGCUGUUAUGGUCGUCAUGGUUCCUCAUUCAGUCAAAGGUUUCCAAAAGUUACCCUUGCCACUACUCUAGCACUGUCAUCAUGAACUUCUUUAGUGCCAUACAGUCUGCUGUCCUAACUUUUUGCACUGACAGAAGCCUUUCCAUUUGGAUCCCAAAGAAAAAGAUUGACAUGGUCCAUGUCACAUACACUGGGUUUGUUAGUUCGGGUUUAUGCGUUGUGGGAAUGUCGUGGUGUGUCAAGAAGAGGGGGCCUGUUUUCACAGCAGCAUUCAGUCCUGUGGUGCAAGUUGUGGCAGCCAUGAUAGACAUUCCUGUUCUGCAUGAACAACUCCAUCUGGGAAGUAUAAUAGGGUCUGUCAUCGUUAUUAGUGGGUUGUACUUUCUGCUCUGGGGAAAGAAUAAAGACAUGCAGAAAGUAACACAAGAAAGGGAAGAUGCAAAGGACGUGGAAUCAACUUUCCAAGUUGGUGAAGCCAAUGGUGGAUCAAGAGCGCCAUGAUGAUGAUCAGCUUGCCCAACAAUCUUCUUGUUCAUGGACCGAUUUUUUCUGAGUUAUUAGUGUUGGGUUCAUGUCAAUCAAGAAUGGAUUGGUUACUUUUUGGUAAAGUUUUAGAUGAAAGUCUCCCACAAGACCCCACCAGUGGAAUGAUUUCACAUGGAGGUGGUGCAAAUUGUCCCAUUUAUCAUUUGAAAUUGAAAACGUAAAGUUUCAUUGUGUUAUUUAACCUUUUAUGUAAUUUACCAAAAAAAAAAAAACUUCUAUGUAGUGUUAUAAAAGUAAGUUUAUAAUUUGCACUACAUAUGAGUAAAAAUGGCACUUAUAUAUGAGUAAAAAUGCUG